CCGGGUCACGGCGGGGCCGAUGCUCGGAAGCUCCCGAGUCACCAGGGGCCGUCUCACCCUGCGAGCCGGUUCACCGUUCAGCUGGGGCUAGCCAGCAAAACAAACUCUUUGACGUACAGAUCUUGCACCCUUAACUUUCCGUACUUUUCACAACAAAACAUUCACGCACUUGCUUUCCUUAGCGGUGAUCUACCUUUUAUAUAUAUAAAGUUCGCCAUGACCGUUCGCUCGCAGAUCACUACCGAGCCCUCACCGGCCACCGCCGCGCCAAGUGCCGUUCCGGUUCAACCAACCGCAGAGCCUGCCCCAGAGUCUGCCCCUGGUUCUCAGGAAGGACAUGAUCUGGAUCACCAAGGGCAAGGGAAGGAUGACAAACAUGACGAUCGCGACCGUGACACGCCCAAGUUCCCACAUCCCAAGCUUCGUCUAGAGAUCCGCGACCUCGACCAUCCCGGCGCGGUCAAGUUCCUCGGCGCAGUCAACGCGAGCACGCUACUCUCUGACGCCGUCAAGAACGUCCAGCGGCUCUUGUACAGGUCGGCAGCAGACAAGCAUACGACAUGUCCGCCGACUCGGUCCGUAACCGUUAUCCUGCGGGACAUGGACGGCGUGGCUUAUACGACUGGGACCGACCUCGACGCCGACCACAAGGAAAUCCACUUCUCCCUCUCCUACAUCGCCGCCCACAUCCCCUCCACGCCACCCUCUCGCCUCCCCGCCGAACUCACCGGCGUCCUCACGCACGAGCUCGUCCACUGCUACCAAUGGGAUGCCCACGGCAGCGCGCCCGGUGGACUGAUCGAGGGAAUCGCGGACUGGGUCCGGCUCAACUGUGACCUGAGCCCGCCUCACUGGAAGCGAGAAGUCAAAAUCGAUGACCCGUGGGAUAAGGGGUACCAGCAUACGGCGUACUUUUUGCAGUAUCUUGAGGAACAGUUUGGCGAGGGGACGGUAAGGCGCAUUAAUGAGGGGUUGAGGAGCACGAGGGAGUAUGAAGCUAAGGAGUUUUGGGUCCGCUUGCUUGGGCAGGAGGUGGAAGAGUUGUGGGGUGAGUAUUGUGCGAGUGUUUGUGACGAUGAUGGGAAGGGAAGUCCGUAGGAGGUGAGUGCAAGAGACUCGGAACAGAACGGUGUAUUCAGAAGCUAGCGAGGCGUUUGGGGCCCAGCGCGUAGCCAUUCAAGCCAUGAUUGUUUAAAUAUUACCGUCUUAAAUGCGGUGUGUUACAUCUAUUGAUGUGAUGUUGAGCUAGACCAAGAUGUUGAUACUCUUAUAUCAUGUCUUCGACACUUCGCAGGCUCUUUAAUAUCCCCG